UAUUAUAGCCCUUAAAAAAGUUCUUCAAAUAUAAAGGCCAAAAAUACUGUUCCUUUAUACUUUUUCUUGCACUAAACAGAGAAACAAGAUCUGCUUCUUAAAUUCAACAAAUUCAUACUCACCAAGAGAAGAGAAAAAAAAAAUGGAAGCCCUUCUGUCCCAAUUCACCUUGCUCUCAGACCAUGCUCUACAGGACAAGAACUUUGAUCCAUCCACAAUUGAGGACCUCAUGAAGCUGUUUGAGAUUGAGUCAUACAAGGCAUGGGCAGCUGCAGAACUUGAGCAACAGAAAGAGGUUGAAGAGGCUGAAGUUUCCAUGCAGGAAGCUGAGGACUACCUUGAUUCUGUCAUGGAAAGCGCCAUGGAUGAGUUCCGGCGCUUCGAAGAGGAGCUUGAGAGCAUGUCAAAGGCUGAAAUGGAGAGCCUAGUUAACACUGCUGAGAGUGCAAGAAAGAUGGGAAAUUUGAUGGAGAAAGCUGCCUCCAUUGCUUCCAAGAAGUAUAUUGAGGCUGCACUCAAUUCAGCCACUGCUUCCAUGAAAUCUGCUUGGAAGGGAAUCUCUUCUGGCAAGGUCCAUCCUUCUUAAAACAUAACAGUAACAAGAUAACCUUCCUAUUGAAAUGUAUUUAGUUAAAAUCUGUAAUAAGAUACUUCUCUUUUGGCCUUUUGUUUUGUUAUCUUCUGCUCUUAUAUUGCUGCUAUAGAAAUUGGAUCAGAAUUGAUGUACCAAAAUUGAUAGGCUGAGAGUUCAUGAUUCAGCCACCAGUGAGAAUGCAAACAGAUUUAAUGUUCAUGACA